AUGGAGCCUCCAUCAAAAAAGAUGCGGAAGCUGCUGGAUGAAGACAGCUCCAGCGACUCUGGUGAUGCUGCUGGAGGAGUUCCCCUGGGCAAGCAGUCACCUAACUCCGAGUUCAAAAUCAAUGAGGAGUUCGCCCGCCGAUUCGAGUAUAACAAGAAGAGAGAAGAGGUGCAAAAGUUGGAAGCCAAAUAUGGCAAAUCAUCUGGUCUGGGGAAACGCCAAGCGAACGAUGAUGCCCCCGAAGGCUCGGACGAGUCCUCUUCUGAUGAAGAGGAAGAUGAGGAUGGAGAGCUGGCGACGGAGGCUGUUGAUGCCGAGAUCAUGGCGACCCUGAAAGCCAUUCGAUCCAAGGACCCGCGGGUGUACGAUCAAAAUGUUACGUUCUACACCAAGCCGGACGACGCCAAUCCCGAGGUCAAGGACAAGAAGGAAAAGCCGAUGACGCUGCGGGACUAUCAUCGCGAGAACCUGCUGAGUGGGGUCAACCCGGCCGACGAAGAAGAAGCCCCCAAGACCUUUGCAGAAGAGCAAGCCGACUUGAAGAAUGCCCUUGUCAAAGAGAUGCAUGCGGCGACAGGCGAGGAGAAGUCGGGAGAUGAAGAGAUGGAAGAUGCCGACGAUGACUUUCUGGUUCGCAAACCUGGCCAGGAGAAGACUUCAGCGCCGAAGCCCGAGGUCAAUCUGGACAUCGAGAAUGCGGAGAAGGACCCCGAGAACUUCUUGUCCAAUUUCAUGUCCUCUCGCGCGUGGAUUCCCACGGAUCGACCAGAACUCCACCCGUUUGAAUCAGAUGACGAUGAAGAGGUGGACCGAGCCGAUGCCUUUGAGGAGGCGUACAACUUCCGUUUCGAAGAUCCCAGCAAGCUCAACGAGAAAAUCGUCACCCAUGCCCGUGAUUCCACCAACAAGCUCUCUGUUCGUCGAGAGGAAAAGAGCUCGCGGAAGAAGGCUCGUGAUGCCGAGCGCCAGCAGAAGGAGGAAGAGAAGAAAGAGCGGGAGACGGAAAAGAAUCGUCUACGUAAACUGAAAGUCGAGGAACUCCAGAACAAGGUCAAUCAGGUUAAAGAGGUGGCGGGCCUACGCGCAUCCAAGUUCACGGACGAGGACUGGUCUCGGUUCCUGGACGAUUCAUGGGACGACAAAGAGUGGGAGAAGGAAAUGCAAAAGCGCUUUGGGGAGGAAUACUACGCUGAAGACGACGCCAAUGAGAGUGACAACGAAGGAAGCAAAAAGCGGAAGCACCCCAAGAAACCCGAGUGGGACGAUGACAUCGAUAUCAAAGACCUUGUGCCAGACUUUGAAGAUGAAGAGGUGCGGCCCAUGGUCGAACUCUCCGAUGCCGAGGGCGAGGAAGAUGAUGAUGCUGCCUCUGGAUCCAAGAAGAAGAGCAAGGCCCAGGAGAAACGCGAGCAGAGGCGCGAUGCUCGCAAGGAGCGUCUCCGUAUUGAGGAAGCGGUUGACCGCAACCUGGACCUUGAUAUCACUCUCCUUCCCGGUGCCACCAAGAAGAACGCGACUCAGUUCCGCUACCGUGAAACCUCGCCUCAAAGCUUUGGCUUGACGGCGCGAGACAUCCUCAUGGCGGACGACACGCAGCUCAACCAGUUUGCGGGUCUGAAGAAGCUCGCCGCCUUCCGAGACGAUGAAAAGAAACGGCGUGACCAAAAGAAGCUGGGGAAGAAGGCCCGUCUUCGCCAAUGGCGCAAGGACACCUUUGGCAAUGAGGAAGGCCCCAAGUUCUCCUUUGACGGAGGCGACGCGUCGCGUCCGGCUGCAGAAAAGGACGAUGCCCCCGACGAAGCCAAGGUCGACAUCCGCGAAGGAGAUGGGACAAGGAAGAAGAGGAAGCGGUCGAAGAAGCACUGA